AUUUGAGGCCAAAACUUUGUGCUUCAAAUAUUUUAUUACCGCUAGACAGUCAGGCGGGCUUGUCGCGGGACCUGUGUGCUCAAUCUGUCACCAGUCUGGACCGGGCAUUUGGUUUAUUGCCUCGCCUUUCGGCCAAUUGACCCCCUUGGACGGUGCCUUGCAUUCCUUGAUAGCCGGUCUGUGCUGGCUUGAUCACUUUUGUCUGAGCAGCCUUUGAGUUGAGUUGACAAUUUUUCAGUCAUCAAUUUUCGAAUUUCUAGUGUUCUUGCUUUUCAGCAUUUUAAACGCUUGUACCGUGUGGUCAUACUUUUGUCGAACUUUUAGAAUUAGUUUUCUUGUUAUCAGCAAUUUGUUCCUUGCUCCGUUUCGGUUUGCUCAUUGUUUGGACUCGGUGUUCUUGCUGGAGUUUUUUGGCGUAUAUUACUGUGUCCUUGUUUUGGUGGACCCUUUCGGACACUCAUCUUGAUUAUGCCUCGUUCGAGUAAGCGGCCAGCUGCCCCUGCAGCAGUUACGGAGACAGCCGCGACUAAGCGCCGAAGGGGACGGCCUGCUACCCGCUCAUCGGCCACCAGGACAACCGCUACUCCCGCGGCUGGUGUUUUGCCAACAUCGGCUUCCAAUGCCGCUGCUUCGGCACCACCGCCGCCCACGACGACGGCCCCGUCGACGACACCAGCUUGUGGAGGGAAUGUCAUGGCGGAUGGGGUACCUCCAUCGACGGUUACGGUUCCACCAACGGCAGUGACGGUGCAUGGGGCAGUCGUGCCGCCGACAACAAACGGUGAGUCUUUCAAUACACCAAUAAUUGUAAGUUCCGUUAGCGCGUCGCUUGCUGGGCUAGAUAGCGCGCCACUGCACAGCGUCUGUGACGAUAUUGGGGCCACCGUGCCCUUAGCGUUGCAAGAAAAAAUUUGGAAGGGCGAGUUUGUGGAGUUCGGGUCCCUUUUGCGACCUGCUCGUCAUUCCGAAAAUGACUGCGUGUUCAUGGUUGGGACGCACGAGUCACCGGCUUGGCAACUGCGGCCGCAUAAGCAGACCCAACGGAUCACGUCCAUUGAGCAAUGGACAUCGGCAUUUUUGAUUUUUGCUUCCAUUUUUCUGCAGCGUCAUCCUGGUCAAGCACGGCAUCUUUUGAAGUAUGCUGACAUUGUUCGAUCAGCGGCAUUUCGUCGUACUGGCUUUGGCUGGCGUGACUACGACGUCAAUUUCAGGCUUAGGCAGGCUCGUGUGCCAUCUCGUUCAUGGGCUACCAUUGAUGCGGAGCUUUGGCUCAUGUUGGUUGGUGCGCCGGGGCAGCCCCAAAAUGUUCGUUCCUUCGGGAGUCGAGGCUCAUUUCGGCAGCAAGACCACAGUCCCAGUAGUUUCGGGUCCCGCCGGGCAACGCAACGGGAGCCUGGAUCUAGCACCUGUCACGAUUACAACCGUGGCCAGUGUUUUCGUCCAGCCUGUCGUUACACCCACAAAUGCGCAAUCUGCUCCUCCGUCGGUCACCCAGCCAGUAAUUGCCGAGGUUCUCGCACCCGCGGGCCUGCAGUUAGCGCAAACCCCAAUUCUGCUCAGUAAGAUGCGCCCAUUUUUGCAGUCGUAUCUCAAUACGCAUGAUGCGCAAGUUCUUUUUCAGGGUUUUUCCGUUGGCUUUAGGCUUGGUUAUACAGGUCCCCGGACUGC